AAUCGCUUCCAAUGCUCCUCCGAUUUUCCUUCGCGGGGAUCCACUCAAACAGACUGUGCAUCCGAAAGCCGUUUCCGUGUCACAAGUGUGGCCGAUCUUACCUCAACAAGGGCAGCCUGCGCCGUCACUUACACGACGAGUGUGGGAAACCUCCACAGUACAUCUGCAACAUCUGCAAGAAGGGGUUCAAGCAGAAGACUAAUUUUCACCGGCACAACGCUACUAUAUCUAUAUUUUAUUUUUGUUUGAUAUUAAUAUUAAAGCAAAUACCGAGAAUAAGAGUCGCAGUUCUCUCAGAACUGCAAGACCCGCUGGCAGUUCCACCGGUUCCAGAAGUUCCGCCGGUUCCUGUCCACAGAAUAGAAGACUCUGAGAACUCCAAUGAUUCUAUAGCUUCUGUAGACACGUUGAUAACCAACAUGCAGAAUAUUACAGCUUCUAUAAGCCCUACGCCGAUUUCUGCGCCGAAUUUUGAAGUCGUGAAUGUCCAGUCGCUGGCUACGCACUCUACGCAAUUUUUUUGCAGACAAUGCGGUCUGGAUUGUGUUAACCUCAAGUCGCUUAAUAAACAUGUUCGUGAGGGCUGCGGUACUGGGCCUCAAUUUACUUGUCUUCUCUGUGGGAAGAAGUUUAAGCAGAAACAUAAUUUUCAUAGACAUAUGGCUAGUAUAAUUAAUUUUUUAAUAUUUUUCAAGAGGAAAACUCAAAUUCCGAGAUUGAUGGUGGUGAAAGUCGAGUCUUUGAACACAUAUGACGGAAGACCUUACCGAUGCUCGAGAUGUGGGAAGGAGUAUAAAAGAGAAGCGGCAUUCAGGAAUCAUUUACGGUUUAAAUGUGAGCCGCUUUGCACAUUGGAGGACUCGUUUGAAGAAGAAGAAGAGAUAUUCUCUGAGAUAGACAAUGAAGAAGAAGACCAAGACUACAAAGAUGUCAAACCAAUAAUAGAAGAUAAAAAAGGAUACAUUUGUCCGAAAUGCGGAAAGUGUUACAAAGUAAUGCGUUCAUUAAGCCGUCACAAGCAUCACGAGUGUGGAAUAGAGCCGCGCCAUAUUUGCGCAAUUUGCGGGAGGAAAUUCCCGCAUAAAUUUAAACUUGUGAAACACUUCAUAACUUGUGAAAAGAAUUUGCAGGCUCAAAAAUUAUUA